GGGAGCGCGCGCAUACACACACACACACCUGGGACUCGCGCGCCAGGUGAAGGUGAGGAGUGACGGCGAGAAGGAGGCGACUGAAAAACAUUCGCUUGCUAGGCAUCAGCAGGGGUCUCCAACCCUGCUCCAGGAGGUCACCUUCUGGUUGUGAUUUGUGUGGGUUUGCAGAGAUAAACGGGUAACAUGGGCGAGGCACCAGUCGGAGAAGAUAGCACGGUGACACGAUCAGCAGAGUAUGUGGGUUCUUUUCCUGUGGACGACAGCUGCUUGGAUGAUCAGAUUGAGCAGCUUCAUGCUGCGCUGAUGUCCCUCAAAAUGUGCAAGAGACGCAGGCCUGUGUCCCUGAAGUUCUCCAUCAAAGGUGUGAAAAUGUACAAUGAGGAUGAAACGACGCUCCUGAUGGCUCACGCACUGCACAGAGUCUCAUUGUCCACUGCUCGGCCCGUUGACUCCCAGUUUGCCUUCAUCUCCCACAACCCAGGCAGCACCGACGCCCAGCUGUACUGCCACGUGUUCAAUGCAAGGCAUUCCCGAGCGGCUCAGUUCCUGAACCUUCUGCUUUGCCGCUGCUUCCAGCUGUCUUACUUGGACAAACAUCCAGACGAGGCCCAAGAAGACUCAGCCGGCCGCAAGCCUCAACGUAACCCGUCGCUGCUCAAUCACGGGUUCCCUCUCAGUGUUAGUGCUCUCGUGUCCUUCAGGAGAGCUCCGUUUCAGGGAUUGUUGCCUGGGAUUAAGAAGAGCUCAAAAGCAUCCGGUGAUCAGCAAACCAGCCAAGAAGAAACCUUUGUGACCUCCUCCCCCUCACUUGUGCGCAAGAAAGCCAUUCGUGAGAAAGUCCUGCGCUCUGGGGCAUACCGCUCCUUCACGUUCACGCCGCUCAAACAGCGCUGUGUUCAGGAGCGACUGGGCUCCUCACAAGGUGGGCCAAGUGUUCACAAAGCGGUUUCCAGAGUCAAAAAGCUUCUUAGUCUUGGAUUAUACUGGAGGUUUCACUGUGGAACAGGAAAGGAACAAGACAAGGACGUGAGGAGUUCACAUGCCCCCAGCUUGGCCGAAACGGAAGAGGCAUUGGCUCAGGCGGUCUGGUGUUGGGCUGGCAUUGCGACUGACAGCAGCUAUUCCCUGCUUGCAGAAGAUGUUCUAGGAUCAUACCUCCUCUGCCCACAUCCCAAGAAACACAAGUGUGGCUCUCUGAUCAUUCGUUUCCCCUGUGGACUCGUCACCUACCUCAUAGAAAACAGCCGCAAAGGCAAAUUCCUGCUGGAGAAAUGCAAGACUGAGUUUAGUUCCUUAGCAGAGCUGAUCGAACACUACACACAGUACCAGGAUGAGCUGCCGUGUCUGCUGAGCUGUGCCCGCGUCAAUCACUGUUACGAGUGGGAAGAAGAUUCCGGCAGACGGCAGCCAGGACGGCUGAGUAAGAAUCUGAACAAAAGUACCCACAGCAAGCAAUGGGUUUAAACCGUGGACAGUGCAAUACGUGGACUACUAACCUCUACGCACCCAAAAAUACUAAACCAGGACACCUUUCCCCUUUUGUGCACAUAAUGUUUUUACUGAAAAUCACAAUUGGUGUAAUAUGGAGGCUUUACAAACUGUUUAUAAAUCGCAAUGCACAGAUUAACUGUGUGCACUUACAGUGUGUAUUGUAGAAGUUUGUCAAUGUAAGGGUACUUUUUCUUUUUGUCAGAUGUAAUCUUGCUUUUUUUUUGUCUUUCUGUUUAGUCUUUUUUCUUG